UUUCGCGUUCCGUUGGCAACAAUGAUCACCAAAUACCGGUCGCAAAUCAGAGCAAGGACCGGCAGGGUUCAUACCCCAGUUCUCAGAAACCCAGGUGCCCAGAACAUCAUAGUGUGCAACACUCUAUCCGUGGACUACGGUACCACAAUCUCUUGCAGCGACGAUAACGAUCGGUAACGAUGGAAAGCGGUCAUUGAUCACAAUCAUAACAAUUGGAUCAUUGUUCAUUAUAGUGUCACUGUGUAUUGCGUUUUGAUUGUAGGCGGGCAUGCCAAGAAUUCUGCUACAAAGAGCUGAAGAAAUAUAUUGUGCUGUGAGAGAAAUCAUGAACUGUACCAAUUCAGAGAAAGUUCUAGUGGGUCCAUAUGGUGAGAUGUACCCAUCAAGUCAUCAUGCAAACCAGGCCAUGAAUAUAAAAGCUGAGGAAUUCUCUGAGUCACAAGAGGAAGCAGAUCCUCUGCAAAUAACAAUUCAGGAAAUAAAGGUUGAAUCUGAGGACUAUACAAAUUCAGAGAACGUUUUAGUGGGCCCAUAUGGUGAGAUGCACCCAACAUCUCAUGAUGCAGAUCAGGCCAUGAAGGUAAAAGCUGAGGCAGUCUCAGAUGCAGAGGAGGAAGAGGAUCCUGUCCCAAUAACAUUUCCAGAAAUAAAGGCUGAACCUGAGAGUACUUUGAAUGAACUUCAGCCAGUACAUGGUGAGGAGAAACGAUAUUCCUGCGAUGAGUGUGGUGAUUCAGUCAGCCAACAACUAAUUCUGGUAGCACAUCAACAUAUUCUUAGUGGGGAACAACCAUUUUGUUGCAAUGUGUGUAAUAAAUCAUUCAGUUUUAAGAGAAAUCUGAAGAGACAUCAGCGAAUACAUACUGUGGAGUGGCCAUUUUUCUGUGACAUGUGUAAUAAGUUGUUCAGUUGGAAGGGUGCUCUGAAGAGGCAUCAGCGCAUACAUAGUGCGGAGCGUCGAUUUUCCUGUGAUGUGUGUAGUAAGUCUUUCAAUCUGCGGGGUAAUCUGACGUCUCAUCAGCGCAUACAUAGUGGGGAGCGGCCGUUUAAAUGUGAUGUGUGUAGUAAGUCUUUCAAUAUGCAGGGUAAUCUGACGACACAUCAGCGCAUACAUAGUGGGGCACAGCCAUUUAAAUGUGAUGUAUGUAAUAAGUCAUUCAGUUAUCAGUUUGAGCAACUAGCAGCUUCUCUGGAAAGGUGCAACUGA